AUGUUUCGGCCAUUGUUAGACUGUAAUGGAGAAAUUAGCAUUAAUAGACUGCUUGGUAGCCAGGAUCUGUCAGAAUAUGUGAUAUCCGUGCGAACCUUUGAGGAUGUGGUUAAUAAAUUGAAUAUAAUCGUUAGCGACAGACUCAUGCAAUUGCUUCAUCAAGUUGAUGUGGAUAUUGCAUUAGAUACAUGCAAGAACGGUUCCUAUCUAUAUAAAUACCCACGCUCUUAUAUCGGUGGCAAACAUUUUUCAAGAUAUAACUUUGAAAUAGACUUAGAUUCUGGAUGUAUUAAAUGGUAUCAAAAAAAAAGAGCUUUAAUUUGCUCUAGAAAAGUGGCAUUUAUUCAGACUUUAUAUCUGAAUGAUGUAAACCAUAUUCUUCCAGGUUCUGAUAGUGACUUUUGGAGAUCAAAAAAAUAUACAAGACAAGAAGAUAUCAAUUCUAGUCUCGGGAUUGAACUAGUUGUAGUAGGAAAAAGAAAUAAAACACUAAGACUUUUGUGCACGAAUCAUGAGGAAUGGAAGUUUUGGAUGGUGGGGCUAUUAGUGAGUCACGCUCUUGCUCAAAGAGAGAAGUUGGUUUCGAAGAGUAAAGGAACUAAAAAAAUAGUUGACGCAAAACACUUUUAUACGCACGAUUACAUUAGACGGCAAUGGGAACUUUCAGAUUUAGAUAACUCCGGUUCAAUAAGCUUUUGCGAGUUUAUGCGUUUGACAAGAAGACUGCAAAUGCCAGUGUCUAAGGAUUACACUCAUGCCCUUUUUUGUGAAUAUGACAGCGAUAGUAAUGGUGCGCUUGAUUAUAAAGAAUUUAGAAAUCUAUUAACCCAGCUUUUAAUACUCCCUGAACUACGUGAUUUGUUUGAUGAGUAUAAGGACUCCGAAACAAACGUUAUGAGUGCAAAUAAAUUUCGUAAUUUCUUAAUUGAUGUUCAAGGUAUGGAUCCAUCUAAUUCAUUGGAAUCGUUAGUUAAUGCUGUGCUGAAUAUGAAAGAACCAUUUAUUGAAAGAGGUGGUAUCACUGAAAUUGGAUUUAACAUUCUUAUGUCUUCAGAGUUUAACUCUGCAUUUGAUCCAUUAAAAAGAGAUGUUUAUCAAUCAAUGGAUGAACCUAUAUCCCACUACUGGAUAGCUUCAAGCCAUAAUACAUAUUUAACUGGUGACCAGCUAACUUCAAAAUCUGAGAUUGGCCAAUAUAUAACCGUAUUACUUCAGGGGUGUAGGUGCGUAGAGCUGGAUGUUUGGAAUGGCCCAGAUGGAUCACCAAUUAUUUACCACGGGUAUACCUUAACUUCCAAAGUUUAUUUUGAAGAUGUAAUUAGAGCAUGCAAAGACUAUGCUUUCCAAAUAUCUCCAUAUCCGAUUAUUUUAUCACUCGAAAUGCAUGCGUCUGACAAGCAACGUGAAAAGGUUGCAGAAAUAAUAUUGAAUGUAUUAGGUGAUUCUCUUUAUAUACCUCCAAAUGAUGGGAAUGAUCGCCUUCCCACCCCAAAUGAGCUAAAAUAUAAAUUUCUUGUUAAAGCUAAAGUUCCGAAGGAAGAUAGUGCUAUUUUUAAUUUUAGAACUCAAGUUAUUGAUGAAGAAGAUGAAAAUGAUGAUUUAAACCCGGAUAUAUUGGAGACCGAAAUUGAAAUAUCCAAUAGUAUUGGGGUUGAGAAUGAGAAACAAAUCUCGUCUCCAAGUCAAAUUCCAAUUAAGAAAAGGUUAUAUUCCAGUUUAAUUUCUCUUCCAGGAAAUGCGAUACAACUUUCUAAUUUUGAAAAUCGUAGAAGAAUGAGUAUCGGCUCUCUUGUUGAAACAAAAUUCCUUCGUUUUGCAAAAGAUUCAAGUAUGAGUCUUGCGAAGUUCCACCAAGAUCACUUGUGUAGAGUUUACCCGUCAGGUAAACGUAUUUCAAGCUCAAACUACAAUCCUUUAAUACCUUGGUCAUACGGAGCUCAGAUCGUCGCAUUGAAUUACCAAGCAGUCGGAACUGCUUUAUUACUGAAUGAAGGGAGAUUCAGACAAAAUGGUGGGUCAAAGAGUGGUUACGUUUUAAAACCAAAAAUGUGCUUAAAAAAAUGUUCUGAUGGGCGAGUUUUUGACCCUAUGAACCCAUUGGAAACUUUAGAACUUUUCGAUAUUCCUCCUGUAAGAAUAUGUAUUCAAAUUUUAUCAGCACACCAACUUCCUGAUAACCUAUCACAAUUCUCACGUGGAAUCGCAAGUCUCAUAUCCGGUAAUAAACUUUCACCGUAUAUCAAUAUUUCUGUUUUUGGUGGGCCGAGCGAAGAAUUUAAAUCAUAUAGAACUCCCGUAGUCAAUAAUAAUGGUUUCAAUCCUAAAUGGGAAAAUCUGUCUCCAUUUACGUUCAAUGUUCUUUGUCCAGAAAUUUCAAUUAUUAACUUUGAAGUUAAGUCUUCUGAUUCAAUACAAUCUGAAUUCAUUGCAGCAGCUUCAAUUCCUGUUUCAUGUCUCAGACCUGGACUAAGAUGGAUACAACUAUUCGAUGCCAAUUUUAUUGAUAUUCAAUGUUGUGGAAUCCUUGCAAAUAUUUCUAUAACAACGGAAUUACCAAAAACAUAUAUGCUAUCGUCAAUUUUAACCGGAAGUAAUGGUAGUACAUCCACAAGUCUACAGGAAACAUUGCAGCAGUUUAGAGGAAUUAAAUUUUAA